UUAAGCUUCUAUAAUAACUGAACAUUGUUCCACUGCUGCUGCACUUUGACAGGCUGUAAAAUGGUGUCAAGUAAAGAUUUACUGAACCUCGUUUGGGCUUCAUUUGCUUUCAUUCUCUGGUUAAUCAUCAACAUGUUUCUGCUUGGUCUUAAAAUGGCUCAAUGGUUAAUAACUGCAGUGCAGCCGAUUUGGCAGCCGAUUUGGCAGCAGAUUUGGCAGCAAUUUUUGCAGCCGAUUUGGCAGCAGAUUUGGCAGCAAUUUUUGCAGCCGAUUUGGCAGUGGAUUUUGCAGCCGAUUUGGCAGUGGAUUUUGCAGCCGAUUUGGCAGUGGAUUUUGCAGCCGAUUUGGCAGUAUUUGUGGCAACAACAUUUCACUGUGCAAUGUCGCGAGUGGGUAAGAAAUGCAGUUAAUCAGUGUUUGCAGAAUCACCACCCAUCACAUUUCAGUGGGGGAUGGAUGGAUUACAUACUCGAGUUAGUCAGAGGGCCAAAAGAGCACAGGUUCCAUAUCUUGUUCACUGGGAAUGACUUGAAUUGCCACAAGGACAUUUUGAAAAGUCUUGGCAUCAAAGACGAAGGGAUCUCCAUGGAUCAGUGUGACGUCAUCAUCGCUUUCGUUCCAAUUGUGUCUCGAGCCGGAACGGACGUUCAAGCAGCUCUUCAGAUGAUACCAGAAUCCCAGCCUGCCGUUCUCGUGGUGCUUCAUCACACCUUUGAUCCGGAUUACAUUGCUCCAGACAGCAGGCGCAAUAUUGACAGGAGCAAUAUAUUCUCUGUGGACAUGCUCUUCUAUGAAAACGUGGGACUGCUGAACAGUUUCAAGAACACAAAAGCACUGGAAGAAACAACAAAGCAUUUACAAAACAUCAAGGCGAAUCGCAAUCAGAUCAUUAAUGGCUGUGCAAUGGUGGCAUUUCGAGAUUUAAUGAAACUUGUUUGGGCUUCAUUUGCUCUCAUUUUCCGCUACAUCAUCUACAUGUUCCUGCUUGGUCUUAAAAUGGCUCAAUGGUUAAUAACUGCAGUGCAGCCGAUUUGGCAGCAUUUGUGCCAACUAUAUUCCACUAUGGGAUGGAUGGAUUACAUACACGAGAAAGGCUGUACAAUGGUGGCAUUUCGAGAUUUAAUGAAACUUGUUUGGGUUUCAUUUGCUUUCAUUCUCUGGUACAUCAUCGACAUGUUCCUGCUUGGUCUUAAAAUGGCUCAAUGGUUAAUAACUGCAGUGCAGCCGAUUUGGCAGCAUUUGUGCCAACUAUAUUCCACUAUGGGAUGGAUGGAUUACAUAGUCAAGAAAGUCGGACCACCAAAAGAGUACAAGUUCCACAUCUUGGUCACUGGGAAUGACUUGAAUUGCCACAAGCACAUUUUGAAAAGUCUUGGUAUCAAAGACAAAAGGAUCUCCAUGGAUCAGUGUGACGUCAUCAUCGCUUUCGUUCCAAUUGUGUCUCGAGCUGGAACGGACAUUCAAGCAGCUCUUCAGAUGAUACCAGAAUCCCGGCCUGCUGUACUCGUGGUGCUCCAUCACACCUUUGAUUCGGAUUACAUUGCUCCAGACAGCAGGCGCAAUAUUGACAGGAGCAAUAUAUUCUCUGUGGACAUGCUCUUCUAUGAAAACGUGGGACUGCUGAACAGUUUCAAGAACACAAAAGCACUGGAAGAAACAACAAAGCAUUUACAAAACAUCAAGGCAAAUCGCAGUCAGAUCAUUAAUGGUACAGACCGUUGUAUAUAAUUUAACUUUUUCAGGUUAAGAUAUAUUCAGGUUGAACUAUAUAUCACUGUCUUUAUUCCAGUACUUACAGAUAAUAAAUAUCUCCUUACAGAAAACAUCAGUAAAACAACUGUGCAGUGAACCUCAGUGUGGUACAGUUGAAUAAAAUGAAAACUAAAAGACUUUUUAAAUCACAUGAGCCACUGUUUUAUUCACAAUAGAAGAUAGAUAACAUAACAAGUGUUUAAACAGAGAUAUUUUACACUUUUAUUCACUUAAUCAGCUCAAUUCUAAUUUGAUGCCUGCUACAGAAAAUGUUUGGGACAGGGGCAUGUUUAUACAUGGUGUAGCAACUGCAUCAGGGGUGACGUACAUUUAUACUAUAGAGUGUGUUUCAGUGUUAAUGGGAUCCAGAUAAAGUUAAUAAACCAAACCUAGCUAUAGAUUGUACUUCUGUCUAAUAUCCUAUUAGUUGUAAUAUCUUUGAAGGUGAUUAUAGCAAUUUAAUGGGAAUAUUUCUGUGUUUAGAGACAAAAUGUUAAAAAGAGUGACAAUUUUACACACACACACACACACACACACACACACACACACACACACACACACACACACACACUUACUUCUGUAGUUCUUUCUGCAAUAUUGAGAAUAAAUUGCAUGAUCAAUCCCA